AUCUAACUUGAUAUAUAUGUAUGGGGCUUAAUGUGGGAGCUUGGAUUCUCCUUUUYCUCAGCUCUCUUGCCCUCUUAUCUCUCAUUAAGUUCUUACACAAAGUGUGGUGGGUUCCAACUCGCAUAAAACAUGUAUUCAGUUCACAAGGUGUAAAAGGACCUCCGUAUAGAUUCAUUCAUGGCAACACAAAAKAAAUUGCCGCCAUGAAAGACCAAGCAAGGAGUCCGUUCACUGAUAUAUCACAUGACGUAUACCCACGAAUACAGCCUCACUUUGUUACAUGGUUUCAAUUAUAYGGUAAAAAUUUUGUCAACUGGUAUGGUCCUCAACCUGAAUUGGUUAUAACAGAACCUGAAAUCAUCAAAGAAAUUGCAAGCAAUAGAAGCGUCUCUUCAGCAAGACCUGAUCUCGGAUCAUUUCACAAGAAAAUGUUGGGGGACGGCCUUGUUACAUCGAAAGGCCAAAAGUGGGCAAGACAACGAAAAUUGGCUAACCAAGCUUUCGGUGCCGAGAGUUUAAAGAACAUGAUCCCAGCAAUGGUGAAAAGCGUAGAGAUGCUGCUACUCAGGUGGAAAAAGAUGGCCGGCAGCGAGGUUGAAAUAAAUGCGGAGUUCCGGAUUUUGACAGCAGAAGUGAUUUCUAGAACAGCUUUCGGCACCAACUACUUACAGGGAAAGGAAAUUUUCGAAAUGCUCAAGAAGAUGAGUACAAUUGCUGGUAGAAACUACUACAAUCCUAGGCUUCCUGGCCUGAGUACAAUAUUCAAAAGCAGUGAUGAUUUGAAAUCCGACGAACUUCAAAAGGGAAUUGAAGAUCUYAUUAUGGAGACUAUAAAGGAAAGAGAGAAGAUAAUGGCAGUAGAUCCGGACACAGCUGAUUUUCUUGGACAGCUUGUGAAGGCUAAUCAUGAAACCGAUGAAAGUUACCAUGUUUCGAUACAAGAUAUCAUAGAUGAAUGUAAAACCUUUUAUGUAUCCGGGGAUGGAACAACGUCACUCGUGCUGUCAUGGGCUGUUCUUCUUCUGUCAAUUCACACAGAAUGGCAAGAAAGAGCACGACAGGAAGUAGUUGAAUUAUUUGGCARACGACAUCCACGUUCUGAAGACAUAUCAAAACUUAAAACGAUUGGCAUGAUCAUCAACGAGACACUUCGACUGUAUCCUCCUGGAAUUGCCAUAAUUCGAAAGAACGAAAGAGAAGUUAAACUUGGAAAUCUUGUUAUUCCCGCCAAUGUAAUUCUACAUGUUCCAGUUUUAGCACUUCAUCAUGAUCGCACAAUAUGGGGAGAAGAUGCACAUCUUUUUAAUCCUGAAAGAUUUUCAGAAGGGAUUAGUAAAGCUACAAAGAACAAUCCAUCAGCAUAUAUGCCUUUUGGGUUUGGGCAUCGAAAUUGUGUUGGUUCAAACUUUGCAACCAAUACARCCAAGAUUACUCUUGCAAUGAUCUUGCAGCGUUAUAGGUUUACUCCAUCUCCGAAUUACAUCCACUCUCCUGUUCAUCUUUUGAUGCUUGUCCCCAAGAAUGGUGUUCAAGUGAUGCUCCAUGCUCUCUAGUGUAGAUACUUCUGUAAAAUUAAGUGAUGAUCUUUGCGUUUGUGAGAUUUAUAUAUUAAGGAUUGUAUUAUAUGUAUGCUUUUAUAUUACUUGGAACAAUUACCAUUA